AUCCCCUUCCUCUCUGGGCAGGGGCCUCUACGACUAGUCUACUACCCCCUGCCUCUUCCAGGCUGGUGCUUCUGAAACAUGCUAAGAACCUUCCAGAAUCUUCCGCGUCUGCGCCGCGGUUCACUAUACCUCCGCCGUUUCCACUCUAGCGCGCCGACGCCACUGCCGCCGCGGCUGCGUCAUGACGGCGACAUCGUCCGGUGGAACUCGGCCAUCACCGCGCACCUACGCGCCGGCAGGGUGGGCGCGGCGUACCGGGUGUUCGACGAAAUGCCCGAGCGGAACGUGUUCACGUGGAACUGCAUGAUCUCGGGCCUCGUCAGGAACCGGAUGCUCGCCGACGCUCGCCGGGUGUUCGACGCGAUGCCGUUCAGGAACUCCGUCUCGUGGGCCGCGCUGCUCACCGGCUACGCGCGGUGCGGGAGGGUCGCCGAAGCCAGGGAGCUGUUCGACCGGAUGCCGGACCGGAACGUGGUCUCAUGGAACGCGAUGAUUUCGGGCUACGUGCGGAACGGGUUGGUCGACAGGGCGCGGGAGCUGUUCGACAUGAUGCAGGUGAGGAAUGACGUGUCGUGGUUGACGAUGAUCUCCGGGUAUAUGAAGAGGAAGCGUGUCCGUGAAGCGAGGGAGCUCUUUGACCUCGUGCCUUCACCAUCGAUUUCAGUAUGCAAUGCAUUGCUGUCAGGUUAUGCUGAACAUGGUUACCUGAAAGAUGCAGAGGAGCUGUUUGGUCGUAUGCAGAGACGAAACCUUGUUUCUUGGAAUGUCAUGAUCACAGGCUAUACGCAGGCUAGGAUGAUGGAGGUUGCGCAGAGUCUCUUUGAUGAGAUGCCUGAAAAGGACACUGUAUCUUGGACAGCCAUUGUGCGUGGGUAUUUAAAGAAUGGUGAUGUUGAUGCCGCAUGGAGGCUGUUCCAGGACAUGCCUGACCGUGAUAUCCUUGCUUGGAACACAAUGAUGGGUGGCUUCGUGAUGAGUGAGAGGUUGGAUGAUGCAUUGAGAUUGUUCGCUGACAUGCCUGAUAGAGAUCUGGUAUCAUGGAAUACAAUCAUGCAAGGAUAUGUCCAACAAGGAGACAUGGAUAGUGCAAAUACCUGGUUUAGGAGAAUGCCAGAGAAAGAUGAGACAUCAUGGAACACUUUGAUCUCUGGGUACAAAGAUGAAGGAGCACUAAGUCUGCUGUUGGAAAUGACCCGAGGAGGAUACAGACCGGACCAAUCUACUUGGAGUGUGGUUAUUUCUAUCUGUGCUUCUCUUGUUGCCCUUGGAUAUGGAAGAAUGGUGCACGUUUGUGCAAUCAAAUCUGGCUUUGAGCAUGAUGCUUUGGUGACGAGCUCAUUAAUAUCUAUGUACUCCAAGUGUGGGCUAAUUAUUGAAGCUUCCCAAGUUUUUGAGAUGAUUAUGCAACGGGAUACCGUGACAUGGAAUGCCAUGAUUGCAACAUAUGCUUACCACGGUCUAGCUGCCGAAGCUCUGAAACUCUUUGACAGGAUGACCAAAGAUGGAUUUAGCCCAGAUCAUUCAACUUUUCUGAGUGUGUUGUCUGCUUGUGCACACAAAGGGUAUCUAUAUGAAGGCUGCCACUAUUUUAGAAGUAUGCAACAGGAUUGGAACUUGAUUCCAAGAUCUGAUCACUAUUCAUGCAUGGUUGAUCUCUUAGGAAGAUCAGGUUUUGUACACCAGGCUUAUGAUUUUACAAGAAAAGUCCCUUCCAACCUUCAAAUAAAUGCAUGGGAGACUCUGUUUAGUGCAUGCAAUGCUCAUGGGAAUAUCCAGCUUGGGGAACUCAUAGCAAAAAAUGUUCUUCAGUCUAGACCUACUGAUGGAGGAAUGUAUACCCUCUUGUCAAACAUAUAUGCUGCAAAAGAGAUGUGGAGCAGUGCUGCCAGUGUUAGAGGUCUCAUGAAAGAGCGGGGGUUGAAGAAGGAGACUGGGUGUAGUUGGAUUGAGCUGAAGGGGGAUGUUGUUUCCUUUUCAUCAAAUGAUAAUGCACAUCCUUUGAUUGAGCAGAUAUGCCACGAAGUUGAUGAUCUUUCUGUUUUGAUAGAAGAGGCAAGUUAAAUGACAACAUCCUUUGAUAUGGUUAUCAAAAGGAAUUCAGAUGGUUUCUUUGAGACCAUUCAAAACCACAUGCCUUCAAACACUGAUAUAUGGUAGUGUUAAGGGUAUAAGUGUCAUUGUACUAGUCUAGGGUUUGGGGUCUCCUCUUGUAUAUAUAGCCCUCUGGGCAUAUCUCAAUACAAGCAUACAGUUCAGUCUC